AGUGAGCCUCACCAAAGUCCCAGAGCAACCCCUGCCUCCCUCCAGCUCUCUGUCCAGCCUGCCAGCUCCAGCCUCCUCUCUGGCUAGACUCUGGAUCCCCAACUGCUCUGAAAAGCCAGCAGGACUGAUCAGAUUCAGGAAAAGGAGGUUUAAUCAGUCCAGCAUCUUGUUGAUUUGAUCAGAGAGAAUCUAUAAUUCCAUAGUAACUUGUGACAUCAGGCAAACUCUGCAGGGGGAGGAGGCCUAUUCAAGACAGGUCAUGGGUAAAUCUCAGUAUGUAGUGGUGAUGCUGGCGUGUUUAUGGCUCCCCUCCACUUUGUGCCAGACGUCCUCCCUUCAACAUGAGCAGCUAAAGUUCCGUCUGGCCGGCUACCCACGCAAACACAACGAGGGCAGGGUGGAGGUCUUCUAUAGCGGCGAGUGGGGCACUAUCUGUGACGAUGACUUCACUUUAUCUAAUGCCCAUGUGUUGUGCCGCCAUCUGGGCUUCGUAGAGGCCCUCAGCUGGUCACAUAGUGCCAAGUAUGGAGCGGGCACAGGUAAGAUAUGGCUGGAUAAUGUCAUGUGUUCAGGCUCAGAGACGAGCAUUGACAAGUGUCUGUCUCGUGGCUGGGGCAACAGUGACUGCACCCAUGAGGAGGAUGCAGGUGUCAUCUGUAAAGACGAGAGGUUGCCUGGCUUCCUGGACUCCAAUAUUAUUGAGAUGCAAGUGGAUGAGAACAGGAUGGAGAAGGUACGCUUGCGCCCCCUAUCUGCUGCUCACGCUGCCAGGAUGCCAGUUACUGAAGGUGUAGUGGAGGUGAAAUACAAAGAGGGCUGGAGCCAAAUUUGCAACGUUGGCUGGACCGCCAGAAACUCUCGAGUGGUCUGCGGCAUGAUGGGAUUUCCCUCAGAGAGGAUCCAGGCAAAGAAGCCAAACAGUCACCGCAGUGUGUGCAGGAUUCACUCUGUGGCUUGCUCUGGCAAUGAGGCUCAUCUGUCUGCAUGCACCAUGGAGUUCAGUACGAACACCAGCUCCGCCUGUCCUGGUGGAGGACCUGUUGUGGUCAGCUGUGUGCCUGGUCCCCAGUUUAGUAAUGGUCGAGGACGCAAGAGCAAACUAAAUCAUGUGUCUAAGGUACGUCUGAAGGGCGGUGCGAAGGCUGGCGAGGGCCGUGUGGAGGUGCUGAAAGGCUCUGAAUGGGGCACGGUAUGUGAUGAUCUCUGGAACCUGCAGUCAGCCAGCGUGGUGUGCAGGGAGCUCGGUUUUGGUACAGCUAAAGAGGCUCUAACUGGGGCUCGCAUGGGCCAAGGUAUGGGUCCCAUCCACAUGAAUGAGGUGCAGUGUGUUGGGGAUGAGAAGAGCCUGUUGAAAUGCCCACAUAAGAGCAUCACUGCUGAAAACUGCAAACACAUGGAGGAUGCCUCUGUCAAGUGCAACAUCCCAUAUAUGGGCUUCGAAAAAACGAUCCGACUGACGGGGGGUCGUACGCAGUUGGAGGGGCGCGUGGAGCUCCUGGCCCCUAAUGCCAGUAGUUUAGAGCAGUGGGGUCUGAUCUGUGGGGACGGCUGGACCUCUCGGGAGGCCAUGGUGGCCUGCAGGCAGCUGGGGCUGGGACAUGCUAGCAGCGGCCUCAGCAUCCGUAUGGUCGGGGGCAGAACGGAUUAUGAGGGCAGACUGGAGUUUCUGAUUGGGUCCAGAUGGGGCACACUGUGCAGUGAUGGAUGGACCACUAGAGAAGCCAUGGUGGCCUGCAAACAGCUAGGCCUCAACUAUGCUCUGCAUGCGGUCACAGAAACAUGGUACUGGGACAGCAGUAAUGUGACUGAGAUGGUGAUGAGUGGGGUGAAGUGUCGAGGAGAUGAGAUGACUCUGAGUGACUGUCAGCACCAUCAUAUAGUCAGCUGUAAGAGGGCGGGAGCUCAGUUUUCUGCUGGAGUUAUCUGUUCAGACUCGGCGUCGGACCUGGUUCUGAAUGCUCCUCUGGUAGAGAAGAGUGUGUAUAUUGAGGACCGGCCCCUCCAUUUGCUGUAUUGUGCAGCAGAAGAGAACUGUCUGUCUAAAUCUGCUGUCAGAGCCAACUGGCCGUAUGGGCACCGCCGGCUCCUUCGCUUCUCUUCUGAGAUACAUAACGUUGGACGAGCCGACUUCAGGCCCCGGCUGGGUCGCCACUCCUGGGUGUGGCAUGAGUGCCAUAGGCACUAUCACAGUAUGGACAUUUUUACCCACUAUGACCUCCUAGAUCUCAACGGCACUAAAGUGGCUGAUGGUCAUAAAGCCAGCUUCUGUCUGGAGGACACAGACUGUCAUGAAGGUAUUUCAAAACGAUACGAAUGUGCCAACUUUGGCGAGCAGGGCAUCACGGUCGGCUGUUGGGACACUUACAGACACGACAUUGACUGCCAGUGGAUUGACAUCACUGAUGUUAAACCAGGAAACUACAUCCUUCAGGUUGUACUGAACCCCAACUUUGAGGUGGCUGAGAGUGACUUCACCAAUAAUGCCAUGCGCUGCAACUGCAAAUAUGAUGGCAAUAGAAUAUGGUUGCAUAAAUGCCAUAUAGGUGACUCAUACAGUGAGGAGGCAGAGAAGCAGUUUGAACUUUAUCCCGGUCAGCUGAAUAAUAAGAUCUCAUAACACCGACAGACAAUCCCUGGAUCUACUCUAAGCCACUCUUGGAAAUAAAAUAACAUCUUUAUAAUACACUCAAUUACUUUAUUUAUUCUUAUUUUAAUCCACAGAGUCCUAAUUAGAAACAUCUCCAUUACCCACUUAUUGUUUUUUUAAAUAGAUGAGUCCUCCAGGUGCUUUUAAUCAAAGCUUAACUAAAAAGAAGAGCAGUGAGUUAGUAUCAUUCCUUACAUUUACCCCAGCCAUGCUGAAGGACACCAGGGGGGAAAGGAGCUUAGAUAAGCCCUUUGUUCAUUUGAAUAAAAGGAAAGGGCUAAAGGGAAAUGUACAAUGAGAGCACUUCCUCAUGCAUGGGCUUGGCAAAUUGAAGCAUUUCUUCUGACUCAGUCAAACUCCCUACUGGAAUAAAUGAAAUCUGUUAAACUCCUAAUAAGAGAUCAAUAUGAGCAUUGUAAUGACUGCAAAAUAAAUGUAUAUUAUUUUGAA